UGAGCUCCUGUGAGCAGGAGGCAGCUGCUCCCUCCGCAGGGGGUCCAGCUGAGGAGGACGUCCCAGUGGUGGACAUAAACCCAGAUGAUCACCGGAUCACGACCUGAGACGUGCUCCAGCUGGUCCCUCCCCUCUCCGGCCGCAGAAACACUGCAUGCAACAUGGGACUCUUCCUGUCCGGGACUCUGCUCCUCACAGAGAAUCCCUGUGCCUCUCUGUCCAGUGUCACUGUUGCUCUGUGUGUAUUCACCCUCAUCCUGAUGGCCAUCAGGCGGCAAAAGAGCCAAACGUUUGCCUUCCGCAUCCAGAACGACCCUCAGCUGGAGCGCAGAAACAACCCCCCUCUCCCAGGCCCCGUGCCCUGGCCUCUCGUGGGUAACCUGCUCCAGGUUGGGGACCAAAUGCACCUUUCUCUCACCCGUAUGAGGGGCCUGUACGGUGACGUUUUCAAGUUGCGUCUGGGCUCUUUGACCGUUGUGGUCCUCAGCGGGUACACCACCAUCAGGCAGGCUCUGGUUCGUCAGGCGGAGGCUUUCGCCGGAAGACCUGAACUCUUUACCUUUUCUGCCGUCGCCGACGGUAACAGCAUGACCUUCAGUGAAAAGUAUGGACCUGCGUGGCUGCUGCAUAAGAAGCUGUGUAAGAAUGCCCUCAGGUCUUUAACGCAGGCUGAGCCGCGGGGGUCCGGGGCCACCUGCCUCCUGGAAGAACACGUGUGCGCUGAGGCCGCUGAGCUGCUGGAGAUGAUUCGUGAACAAGCCGUCACAUCAGAAAAGGACCAUGAUAUGAAGGUUGUAGAUCCUGUGGUGCCCCUGGUAACCUCAGUGGCAAAUGUUGUGUGUGCUCUCUGUUUUGGGAAAAGGUAUGACCACAAUGACAAGGACUUUCUCACUAUUGUCAACAUCAACAAUGAAGUCCUGAAAAUCUUUGCAGCAGGGAACCUGGCUGAUUUCUUCCCGGUGUUUCGCUACCUCCCAAGUCACUCUCUGAGGGAAAUGGUUAAAUACAUUCGCAGAAUGAAUGGAUUUAUGGAGCAGAGGAUCGAGGAACAUGUCAAGACCUUUGAUAAGAACUGUAUCCGGGACAUUACAGACGCCCUGAUAGCGCUUUGUGAAAACAGAGAAGAAAAUGAAACAUCUCUCCUCUCCAACUCGCAGAUCAUUCACACUGUCAUAGACAUCUUUGGUGCAGGGUUUGACACCAUCAUAGCUGGUCUACAGUGGAGCCUGCUGUACCUUAUUAAGUUUCCUGACAUCCAGGAAAGAAUACACAAGGAGAUAGAUGAUCACAUUGGUUCAGCAAGGCUCCCCAGAUUUUCGGAUAAACCUCAGAUGCCAUACACUGAAGCAUUCCUAAACGAAGUGUUCCGUCAUGCUUCUUAUAUCCCUUUCACCAUACCUCACUGUACCACAAGAACCACCACCCUGAAUGGGUAUUUAAUUCCCAAAGACAUGUGUGUCUUCAUUAACCAAUAUCAGGUCAAUCAUGAUGUGGAUCUUUGGGGUGAUCCGGAAACAUUUCGCCCCGACCGCUUCCUGGAUCCGUCUGGACAACUUAACAAGGACCUGAUUGAGAAGGUACUCCUGUUCAGCAUGGGAAAAAGGAGAUGCCUUGGUGAUGGAUUUGCACGUCUGGAGAUGUUUGUUUUUCUCACCACUCUGCUUCAUGGGUUGCAGCUUGAAAAUGUUCCAGGACAGAAGCUUGACAUGAGCACAGAUUUUGGGCUGACUAUGAAACCCCGUCCAUUUAGGAUUGCAAUCUCAUCAAGAUUUUAGAUCUUAGAUAGAGCAUCUUUCAUUCUGUUCUCAUACUCCAGUUUUUGACAAUUGUGGUAAAAAAGAGAGAAACAAGGAAAUGUGUUCAUAAAGUGAGUUGCAUUGAGCAGUAUUUAAUGAAUAACUGGCAAUAUUCAGAGGUCCUCUGUGCUUGUAAAUGUAUUAAUGGGUUUUAGCCUCCAAUUUGAUCAAAUAGUGUGUGUGAGGGCCUACACUUAUCUCAGAUAACUACUGUACGUGGUCAAAGAGUUUGUGUAGCUUCAAGUAAUACACUGUCAAACUAAUUUAUAAACUCUCAAGUCUAGAAGUAGCCAAAUAGAAUUAGAAGGAGCAUUGAGUGCAACACAGUGUAAAAUAGUUUAGAAGCUACUAAGAAACUUGUACAGAAAGCUUUCAGUACUCAUCAAAAUUUAAACCCUAAGUAAAAAAAGAUAUGCUCAGAACAGUUAAUCUUUUAAAGUAGAAGUUGACCUGAAAACAAUGGACAGUCAGUGACCACUGGCCAGGGAGGUGUUGUACUUGGACAUACCUGCGUGCUCAUCUUUGCAGAGAAUGCAGGUUGAAUGUUACCACACAAAGCUAACACAACAUAAUGCUGAAGUAAAUUAAAAUGAAUAACUUAAUACACUUUUCAACCACUCUAUUAUUAUAAUUAUUGGAUUGAU